GUUACGUUACCGUGCCUUCGAAUGGCGAUUUUUGAAAUUUACCGUUGCCCUAUUAUUCGUGAAGUUCAUUUCCCCUUUUUCCACAUUGGGACUCUAUUUAAUUUGAUAAUAACUAUAACGUCAAUUAUUGUACCAUUCUUUAUUUGCUAUCGUUCUGGUGGAUUUUGGUUAAGAGAUUCAAUUGAUAUUGAACAACCAAAUGUUCACUUUUUAAAACAAGUUUAUAUUCAGCUGACGAGUACAAAUCAAACAGUCUAUACAUGGAGUACAUAUACCGAUUUAAAUGCUCAAUUAUCAUCAAAUUUAUUUGUUCCGCAUAUGUCAAUUCAACAAUUAGAUGAUAAUUAUGAUGGAAUAUACGAUAAAUUAAAAUUGAAAAUCAAUAUACCAAUUAAGGAUACUUUUAAUAAAUUAUAUUUACUAUUACUAUUUAGUUAUCAGUUGAAAGAACGUUCUGGCUUGAUGAUGCAAACUCCACUGACAAUUGAAUUCGAUACACCGAGUGUAAUGGGAUUUAGACAGUUCACCUUAUACGGUCAACUGGCAUUGUAUCAAAGAGAACCGUUACUUGAAGGAUAUACAAAUACGAUGUAUAAUAACUCACUUGUGAAUAAUGAACAACACAGACUCAAAGAUAUUCAGUCUGAAUCGGUGCAAAAGUUUUUGAGUCGUAGACACGUUACUUUAAAGUUGGAUCCAAAGUAUGAAAUAUGGACAGCAGGAUCAGCAAGCCUGUUCAAUCCACUUCUGUUGAAUUUGACAAUAUUUUAUAAACCUACUAAAGUAUGGUCACAUCCAAAUCUCUUUCAUAUGCUCUGGUGGGGAUGGAUACAAUACUUUCCAAUAUUAUUAUUCAGUUUAUUUGUAGGCGAUAGAAUUAAAGCCUUUGUAUAUGGACAUCAGUUAAUCAGUGGCUCUAUUAUGAAAUAUGAUCCGAUUCUUUUGAAAAAAUAACACUUUUUAUGUGAACUCUAUUAAUAAUUGUCUUGAUUAAUGAUAUUUUGACAAGAAAUAUGCUCCUAUUUGUUGUUUUCC